CGGGGCGGGCUGCACCCGUUCAGCGCACUUGGCACAUUUAUUCAUCAGAUCUCUAUUCUGCUGAGAUUAAGUGAUGUGCUGGAUACACGAAUGCAGACUGCUUUGAAAUACUGUUAAAUUAUGAAGGCAUUUUGAGGUCCUAAUCAACAAUGGAGGAAACGGAUAGGGAAGCAGUUGCAACAGCUGUUCAGAGAGUAGCGGGAAUGCUUCAGCGUCCUGAUCAGCUGGAUAAAGUGGAGCAGUAUCGCAGGAGGGAAGCUCGUAAGAAGGCUUCAGUAGAAGCUCGACUCAAGGCAGCAAUACAGUCACAGUUAGAUGGAGUACGAACAGGUUUAAGUCAACUGCACAAUGCACUGAAUGAUGUGAAGGACAUUCAGCAGUCUUUGAUAGAUGUCAAUAAGGACUGGAGGCAGAGCAUCAACACCAUAGAAAACCUCAAGGAUGUUAAGGAUGCCGUAGUGCAACAUAGCCAACUGGCAGCUGCUGUAGAAAAUCUGAAGAACAUAUUUUCAGUUCCAGAGAUAGUCAGGGAGACCCACGAUCUGAUUGAGCGAGGGGAACUUCUGCAAGCUCAUCGAAAACUGAUGGAUUUGGAAUGUUCUCGUGAUAACCUGAUGUAUGAGCAGUAUCGCAUGGACAGCAAAAACACACAUGACAUGAACCUCAUCCAUACAUACUUUGGGGAUAUGCAGAAACUUUCUGAGGAGUUGGCAAAGCAACUUUGGAUGGUGGUUCAAAGAUCUCUUGUUACAGUCCGUCGAGACCCAACCUUGCUUGUUUCUGUUGUUAGGAUAAUUGAGAGGGAAGAGAAAAUAGACAGGCGCAUGUUAGACAGGAAAAAACAAACUGGGUUCAUACCUCCUGGCAGACCAAAGAAGUGGAAAGAAAAGAUGUUCAACAUUUUGGAUAGAACUGUGAGCACACGAAUUGAAGGCACUCAAGCAGAUACUAGAGAAUCUGACAAAAUGUGGCUCGUGCGCCAUCUGGAAAUCAUACGUAAAUAUGUCGUUGAUGACCUGCUUGUGGCUAAAACCCUGCUGGAUCAAUGUUUUCCUCCAAAUUAUGACAUUUUCAACAAAUUGCUAGACAUGUACCAUCAAGCUUUGUCUACCCGCAUGCAAGAGCUUGCUGCGGAGGACCUGGAAGCAAAUGAAAUUGUUAGCCUUCUAACUUGGGUUUUAAAUACAUACAAAAGUACAGAGAUGAUGGGAAAUUCAGAACUGUCUCCCGAAGUGGAUGUGAAUUCUCUGGAUGCUCUGAUUUCACAAAAUGUGGUUGACCAGCUUCUCAGCAAGUACAUGUCGACACUUACUUCUAACAUCAUUGGCUGGCUGCGAAAAGCACUGGAGACAGAUAAAAAAGACUGGAUUAAAGAAACUGAACCAGAAGCAGAUCAAGAUGGGUACUAUCAGACGACACUCCCAGCUAUUGUUUUUCAGAUGUUUGAGCAGAAUCUUCAGGUGGCUGCUCAGAUAAAUGAAGAUUUGAAAACAAAGGUACUCCUUCUAUGUCUUCAACAAAUGAAUUCAUUUUUAACCAGGUACAAAGAUGAAGCACAGUUGUAUAAAGAAGAACAUCUUAAAAAUCGUCAGUAUCCUCAAUGUUAUGUUCAAUACAUGAUUGCAGUCAUCAACAAUUGUCAAACCUUCAAAGAAUCUAUAAUCAGUCUGAAAAGGAAAUACUUGAAACUUGAAAUGGAAGACACGUUGUCAAGCAGUCAUACAAGCAUGGAUGCAACUUUAGACAUCAUUGCCAAAGAAGGAUGCUCUAGCCUGCUAGAUGAAGUCUUCAUGGAUUUAGAGCCACAUCUUAAUGAGCUGAUGACGAAGAAGUGGUUGAUGGGGUGUAAUGCGGUGGGGACUAUCUGUGUCACUGUAGAGGAUUAUUUCAAUGACUUCUCAAAAAUAAAGAAGCCUUAUAAAAAGACAAUGACUAUAGAGGCCCAUCGGAGAGUGGUUGUGGAAUACAUUAGAGCAAUCAUGUUAAAACGUAUAUCUUUUAAGAAUGCAGAAGAGAGAAAAGAGGGUGCAGAAAGAAUGAUCAAAGAAGCAGAACAGUUCCGAUUUCUGUUUAAGAAACUUGCAGCUGGCUCUGGAGAGGACACUGAAGGACUCUGUGACAUCAUUGAAGCCAUUGCAGAGGUUAUCAAGCUAACUGAUCCUUCAUUGCUCUAUUUGGAAGUUUCAACUUUAGUCAGUAAAUACCCAGAUAUCAGGGAUGACCAUAUUGCAGCUUUGCUGACAGUGAGAGGCGACGCCAGCAGAGAUAUGAAGCAGACUAUCAUUGAGACUUUGGACCAAGGUCCAAGCCAGCCAAAUCCAAACUAUGUGCCAAUCUUUAAAGAAAUUACGGUUCCUACUCUGACUGUGCCAAAACUUCUAAAGUAACUGACACCUUGGUGUCUGUGUGUCAUUACUCGUCUGGGAUCAACAGGUUUGAAAUAUUUGAGGGCAAAUUUGGCAAUGCUAUUUUGAGUAAAGUUCAGUAUACACUGAUACUUGCUAAGCAUGUUUCUUUCUAAAGACUUGGAUGUGGAGAAAUAAGAUGGAUGUAAAGGUCAUGUUUGAAGAAUGAAGCUUCUACUGGCAGGUGUCUUUUAACUGACCUAUUUAUUACAGCCACUGACCUAUUUUUGCUGUCAGCCAAUGUUUUUUUUGUGGAAUAUGUUUGCACGGUGUCCAGCAGUGCCAUAUAAAGAUUUUUAUACAAAAGCAACAGUGCAUUAGUGUUGGAUAUGCUAAAAUACAUCUCCUACAGUACCUAAGCAGACUCCUUCAGAACUAUCUUUAUAUGGCACUGCAUUGAGCUGAGUGUAUAUUAAUGUCCUCAGUCCACUUUCACAUUAUACGCUGUAUAUGUACUUACUUUGGUGUAAAAUAGUUUAUUGCAGAAACCUUAAUUAUGAAAUCAGUUUCCUGACUAAGGAGACUGAAUGAAAUUGCUGUUGUGCAAUUCGAUUGAGUGAAUGAAUAAAUAAACACACAUGAGGUACAUUUUUUUUUCAUGGAUUCACUAAAACAUAAAGCACCACCAGUUCAAUAAAAUGCUAAACCACUGCUACCUUCAGCUAUGUUGUAUUUGCAUCCUUAUAGGUUUACAAUAGGUUUAAAUCUUGUUUUGUUUGAAGUGUGAAUAAACUUUGGAUUUAACAGUUUUCUGAAAGCACAAA